UUCAGCUAAUGGAAUUGUAAACUAGGCGACAUUUAUUUUUACGCACGUGGUACGCGUUUUAAAUGAUCAACUAAACAUGUUACGAUAUGACAACUGGAGGUUAUGACAACUGGAGGUUAUGACAGCUAGAAAUCCGAAACCACGGGCUACAACUGUCCAACUCUUGAAUUCCCCAAGACCCCUAAACGGUUUGCCAGCCCACCUCUCCCUGAAAGUAAAUGGAAAAACACCAUCCCGUUCUAUUGGCUAGAGGAGACAAAUGCGCAACUUGGAUGAAUGCACUUAUCAUGGUCGCCAAUCUCCAACGCGUAAAAGGAACUAUUUUCUCGAUCUCUUUGUGUUUUAUUGCCACUGUAGUGGUCGCGCAGUAUGACAACUACAACUUUAGACAUUUCCCACAAGAGGAGCUCAUUCCCAUCGAGUCUGCGUAUGCACAAGGCUUGGACAAGUAUGCUUCAGAAAAUUGGACGGACUGUAUCAAAUUCAUUGAAUUAAGUUUACGCCUGCAUCGGCUUCUGAAAGACAGCGUGACAUACUGCAUACAAAACUGUAAUGCCAGUCAUGUACAGUUACAGGAGCCUGUCAUGGCCAGCAGCACCGGGGAUAUGCAGAUCUUCUGGCGCAUUUUGAUGCGGGCAUCAUGUCUGAAAAAGUGCAGGACACACUUCCCUGCGCUCGCGCUCCCUUACCCAAGAAAAGAGGUGAUGGAUGAUUUCGAUAAUAGGUCGCCCUACCGUUACAUGUACUUUGCUUAUGUCCAGAUGGACGACCUCCAGAAGGCGUUGGCGUCAGCCCACACCUACCUACAGAGAAACCCAGAGGACCCCGUCAUGACACAGCACAUGAACCAAUACAAAAGAGAGUUUGACUUGGCGGGCUAUCUCAUUGACCACGAGGAACGCCCCUAUGAGGUUAGCUUCCUGAAAGCGGUCACCUUGUUCAACUCGGAGGACUUCAGCAGCAGUAUCAGUCACAUGGAGCAGGCCCUCAGCCAGUACCUCCAGCAGUACAGCCUGUGUCAGGCCAUGUGCCAGGGGGCCUGCGACGCCGACCUCCCCCAAACUAAAGACCUGUACCCCACACUGGCAGAUGCCUAUGUUGAUGCACUGAGAUGCGAGGUGAAGUGUGAGGAAAACCUAAUGCCAAAUGUUGGCGGCUACUUUGUGGAGAAAUUCAUCGCCACUAUGUAUCACUACCUGCAAUUUGCUUAUUAUAAGUUAAAUGAUGCCCGCAGUGCGGCCCCCUGUGCGUCCAGCUACGGGCUCUUUGACCCUGAGGACAAGGUCAUGAGGCAGAAUAUGUUAUACUACCAGUCUUACAGAGAGCAGUGGGGCCUGGAUGACCACAGCUUCACACCCAGGGUGGAAGCAUUGAGGUACUACAACCAUACCACCUUGCUGAAACAGAUGCUGGCAUUUGCAGAGAACUACCUGCAGUCUGAUGAGGACUUUUUGGGUCCGGAAGAAGCUGCCAUGGAGGACUCCUCUGAUGUUGAGUUUGAAGGGCUUGGAGACUAUGAGGAAUCAAUCCUGGCUAGAUGGUCACAACCCACAGCUAAAGGGGACGUUGGUGAUUCCUAAGGGUUUGUUCUUGACUAACGAUGAAUAAAACAGAAAGACAAUGUGUUUUCACA